AUGAAACUUGAGGUUUUCUCGGCGCACCACUUCGCGCAGAAGCCGCUGGAGCUGUGCAUGGACGCGGACGGAGAGGUGCCGUCCCCUCUGUCCGGAGACGAGCUGGGCUCAGACGGGGACUGCGUGGCCAACAGCCCGGCACCUGUUGCGCUAAGCGGCGACGGCAGCAAAGGGAAACCCUACACCCGCAGACCCAAGCCCCCGUACUCCUACAUCGCCCUCAUCGCCAUGGCCAUCCGGGAGUCCGGCAGCGGCCGCCUGACGCUGGCAGAGAUCAACGACUACCUGAUGAAGAAGUUCCCCUUCUUCCGUGGCAGCUACACCGGCUGGAGGAACUCUGUGCGCCACAACCUGUCGCUCAACGACUGUUUCCUCAAAGUGCUCCGGGACCCGUCCAGGCCCUGGGGCAAGGACAACUACUGGAUGCUCAACCCGCACAGCGAGUACACCUUUGCCGACGGGGUGUUCCGCCGCAGGAGGAAGCGCAUCGCCAAGAGGACCCCCAAGGAGCAGGAGAGCCCGGACAUCCUCUGUGAGGACACCCGCCUCCACGCGCAGGAGGAGAGGGUGGGGGUCAAGUUCUCCAGCUCCUUCGCCAUUGACAGCAUCCUCAGCACUCCGUUCAAGAGGAGAGACGACAGCCCCCCCGACGCAGAGGGCGCGGGCCCCCGGCUGUACUGGUCCACGGGGGCCCACCUGCUGCCCUACGGUGUGAACUUUCCGGUGCAGCCCUGCAGUUACCUGUCAGAGGCGGCCUACAGCAGCACGGAGCCGGCCAGGGACGCCCCCACCUACCUCCAGCACACCGCACCCGGCCUGGGGCCCCUGGAGUCCGCCUUCAAGACGCCCUCCAAAGCCAGGGGUUUUCACAUAGACUCCCUGCUGUCGUGA